AUGAAUGUGACGAUUCACUGUCUCCUGCUCGCACGAAACAAACCCACGCUGUGGUCUGCCUUCCUUCCCAGGUGGUGUUAUUAUUCGGAACUGCCUCGCAGCGCGCAAUACUCUGAUAACCGCGUCGCAUUCCAAACGGCGUCUCGCUCGCCAGCACUGUCACCAUUGCAACCACGCGAGUCGCGUCGCAUAGCAUCGCCUGCCAUGUCCGCGCGCUUGCAGGCCGUAUCAUCGCUCACUGCCCUGGGUGCCGCCCCUGCUGCUAUCGAUUCGUCGCAAUCGCAGCAAUUGUCGCACCACCGAAUCCGGUUACGAUUACGCGACUCCAGCUGGUGCCUCGGCGACAGCCAGUGGAGCCGAUCCGUGCGAGGCUGUCGCGCGACAACCGUCGCACGGGGUCGCAGAGGCUGGUCGCCGUUGCGGGUCGUCGCAGGCGACGUCGGAGGGCAGUAUGAGGAGAGCUUUGGCGACGUGGAGAGCCGACUGGUAGACUUCUUUACGUUCAAGGCCGUGCGACACAUUCUGCGAAAGGGAGCGACGGCGGGCGACGAGGAGGAUCGCGAGGAGGUGGAGUGGCUGCGACGCCACGUGGAAGCCAACACGCGCCGAGACUCCAAGCUCUUCCUCAGAAACCUCGUGCAGGAGCAGCGCAACGUGGCGGAGAGAGUCAUGGAGACGCGCCUGCAGCUCUUCAAUAAAUGGGCUCUGAGGUACGACCAGGAGGCGAUGGAGGAGGAGCUGAGGCAGCAGAACCUGGAGCUGCUGCGGGAGCGGCUGCUGCAGACCGUGCGCUUUUCCACCGACCCGACACUUGAUGAUGACAGUGCUGACGCACCGCCGCCCAGCAAGCAGGCAUGA